CCCGCCAUCGCCCGGCAACGGCGGCGGGUCCGGCGGAGUCCCGGAGGCCGGGAUAGCAACCGCGAUAGCAAAGCCGGGCCGGGCCCCAAGAGUGCUAACUUGUCCAGAGAACAUCUCAUGGAUUUUGUGAGUACGAAAGGGGCAAGUGAAUUCUAAUAUAGAAGCCAGGAUGGAGGCCUUAAUGCCUGAACCUCAGAUUUAUGUGGAGAGAACUCUGGCUAUCAUCAAACCAGAUGUCAUUGAUAAAGAAGAAGAAAUAGAGGAUGUCAUUCUCCGAUCAGGAUUCCGCAUCCUCCAGAAACGGAAGCUCCAGUUAAGCCCAGAGCAAUGUAGCAACUUCUAUGCAGAACAAUUUGGAAAAAUGUUUUUUCCUAAUUUAACAGCCUAUAUGAGUUCUGGUCCUAUAGUUGCUAUGGUUCUUGCUAGAAAUUGUGCAGUCUCAUACUGGAAGGAAAUGCUUGGACCAUCCAACAGCCUAAGAGCCAGGAUAACUCACCCUCACAGCUUAAGAGCUCUCUAUGGCACUGACGAGCUGAGAAAUGGGCUCCACGGCAGUGUCAGCACCUCCUCAGCAGAGAAGGAAAUUCGGUUCAUAUUUCCAGAAGCAAUCCUGGAGCCACUCCCCAUUGGCCAGAGGGCUCGGGAUUACCUGAACCUGUACGUGAAGCCCACGCUGCUGGCAGGGCUCACUGCCCUGUGCAAGGAGAAGCCAGCAGAGCCCAUGAUUUGGCUUGCUGACUGGCUGAUUGAACACAACCCUAACAAACCUAAGCUACAGUAUCGUGUCUCUCAGCAAGAGCAUCAGCAGUGAGAGCUUGGGGAAAUCAUCUCACCCAUUCCAAGUUACAGAUGUGUGUUGUCAUUUUUGGUGUGUCCUUUGACUCUGUAACCACCUCUGUCUAAAGUAAAUGCAUUUGUCAUAACUGCUUGUGUCCUCAUGGGAUAAAUAACCCUACACUUAGCCAGGAUGUAGUGGUUCUAAUACCUUCUCUACUGACAGAGGGAAUGUAGAAUUACACAAUAAAUAUUGCACUGGGUGAUUAGAAAAAGACAAUGUUCUCAGUGGUUGUGACUUACUGCUGUUGUCCACAUUUUUCUUAGUUUGGCUGUGUGGGAGAACAAAAUCAUUUACAGCAGUGUGGAUUCCCAAAUGAAGUCCACCUGGCCUGUGCUUUGCAAUGCCAAGGGUUGUGUUUCAGCAAUUUUUUAGCAUAAAUGCAGUUAUGAAGGUAGGUACUUGGAUAUAAUGUAGAAAGCAAUUACUGGAGGCAUGUUAGCAACUUUGGAAUUUUAAUUGCUGAUGACAUCACCCAGCUAAGGUUGUCCUUGAAGAUGAUUCACUGAAGUCUGAUGUAUUUUGUCAGAAUGUAAUCUGAAGGAUUUAUUUGAAGGUACAUUCAAUGCACCUUUCCCAUCUCAGUGGCAAAGGGCUCAGGGACUAUAAAUAACAAGAAGAUGUACUUUAGUCAAGUUCUAACGUUGUCUUCCAACAUUUGUUUGCAAUAAAGGUGCUUAAUUGGAACAUC